AUGGACGACGCCCGCAGCGAGGCGCGGCGUCCCGCGCGCGACGGCGAGCGGCAGCGCGGGCGGCGCAUGCUCGGCCUACUCAACGCGACCCUCGCGCAGGCGCGGGAACCGCGACGGGCGGGCGAACGCCCCGCGCCCGGCCCACCACCGUCCGCCGCCCAGCAAGAGGCCAUGGAGGCGGAGCGCCGCGCACACGAUGCAGAGCGAGCGAGCAUCCGGCGCAUGAGCGCGCGCGUGCACGAGCUGACCGACAAGCUCGCGGCGUACGAAGCCGCGCAUCGCACGGCCCGCGCGAACAAGCGGCGGCUGUCCUCGUUUCUCGUCACGCACACGCAGCACAGCACGCCACCCGAGCCCCGCGAGGCCGACGAAGUCGCCGCUACGGCAGCCGCACGCAGCGUACCGCAAGUGCCGCUGUGCGGCGGUGAUCGUCUCUAUGAGGUCUACUAUCUCCCGCGCAAGCUCCUGCCCGUGCAGGAAGAGGCGCUCGACGCGCAGGAAGAGCGCGUGGACGCCGAGAUCGACCGCGCUGACGACGACUGGGACCGCGUGCGCGAGGCGAUGCAGACGGAGUUGCAGCGCACGAAGCAGGCUCUGGAGCGGCACCACGUCGCAUGGUGA